GAGAAAGUUAUGCAGAAUAAUCCGGACGGUGAGCUCAAUGCAGUGAAGAAGAGGUUGGUUUUAAAUGAUGAUGCAGCUGGAUUGUUAGUUGAAGAGAACCAUGAAGUUCCAGAAGGGAACCCCAAAGUAACGGCAAUAAUCGAGGAGGAGGUUAGAGACAUCAUGGCUCCCAAAACUUCCGCAAACACAGAUCUGGAGACGACUGCUGCGGUGCAUAAGUGUGAACUGGCAGUAGAUAGAGUGGACAACAUUGUUGCUAUUGGAACAAUUAUUCAAGUGAAUGUUGCAUCGAGCGAUCAGCUGAUACAUGGUGUUCCAUUGGGAAAGGAAAAUAUGCGCGUCUCAGUUGUUCGAGCCAUUGUUGAUGAUGCCCUGUUACCUAUUCCAGUGAAGGAUGAGAUUGUCACUGUCAGCGACGCCAUUGGUACUUGUGUUGCCUAGCC